AUGGUGGCGCCACCCCCUCCCCUGUUUGUUUACGCCGAUUUUGAAGCCAUGCAGAAUGCGGAGGGCGUGUUUGUGGCUAAUUUGUUGUGUUAUUCGUCCAGCGAAGAAGCGACCAUCCAUGUGUUGGACGGGGAGGACUGUGCCCUGCAGUUUUUGCACGAUUUGGAUGAUCUCACCGAGGUACCGGACAGGGAUGACGAGCGGGAGAUUCUCGUGGUGUUUCACAACUUGAAAGGCUUCGACGGCAUGUUUAUUCUCCACGAACUGUACCAGCAACAACGUGAGGUGGCAGACCAACUGACGGUGGGGGCCAAAGUCCUGUCCUUCAAGAGUGCACCCCUCAAAUUCAUCAACUCGUUGUGUUUCUUGCCCAUGCCACUCGCGUCCUUUCCAAGCACCUUCAAUUUGACGGAAUUAAGAAGGGGUUCUUUCCGCAUCUGUACAAUACCCCCGACAACCAACAGUACGUGGGUCGAAUCCCCGAUUUGGAGUUUUACGAUCCCGAUGGCAUGAUGGCCAAAAAGAAAGAGGAACUGACCCGUUGGCACACUGACCAAGUUCGUCGCAAUAUGUCCUUCCAUUUCCAGCAAGAAAUGAUCGACUACUGUAAGUCCGAUGUCGCCCUGUUGAAAGCGGGUUGUGAAGCCUUUCAGCAAGAAUUUGAACGUCAGGCUGGCUUUAAUCCCAUGGCCAAGUGCAUCACCAUCGCCAGUGCCUGCAAUCUGUAUUGGUGCAAGCAUCAUUUGACCCCCAACACCAUCGCGGUCGAACCUCUCGGUGGCUGGCGAGGCGCGAAGGUCAAUCAUCCCUCAAGGCCCUGCAAUGGCUCUACUACCAGGAACACCAAAUUCCCAAGCAGGGGGCCAGUGCAGACCGAAUCCGCCACGUCCGUAACGGGGGCGAACAGUCCGUCCGGACCAUCGUCGAUGCCUAUUUCGUAG